AUGAAUAGCGCCUUCAGCCAACUUCAUCUACCGAAAGAGACAAUCAGCGUUGUCACAGAUACCCGAUACGUGUUUCAACCCAUCACCCGACUGUCCAAGACAAAGGGUAAAAUUGAGGUUGUCAUCAAGGUUGGCAGCCAAUUUGUCCAGGUCACAACCACCAAGAAACAGGAGGUCUUCCCUGGCUAUAGGCUGAGCACGACUGUGAACGACAUCUUCAGGUUAGGCGAAGUGGAAGAAGCUCCUACGUCAAUACAGACUGAGGAUGACUCGGCCUUUGGUCUGCGUGCAGAUAAUGGCAAGAUUGUCAUGUACUUCACCAGCCCUAAAAAGGCUGAUGUGCUCCAGACAAUACGCGGCGCAAAAGCCAAGUAUGGCAAGGAUACAAGAGCGCACAAGGCCUACGAACGAUUGAUCCGUCCACAGGAUGUUCCGGGCACCUUGUUGAAUCUAGCCUUAACGAACCUGUCAAGCUCUGAUCACGUUCUCAGACUAUCGUCCUACAAUCUUCUUGGUGCUCUUUGUAAGGCCUUCAAGUUCGGCGCGGCUUCGAACUUGAUGUGCACCAAAGAUGUUUCCGUACCCAUGGACCCGUCCCAUUUCAUCAUCAAGAUUAGCAGGCAAUUGGCAACGUCCGAACCUCAACUGACCUUCGAUUUUUUGACCGAGUUCUUCGUCGGAUGGGAGACCUUUACUGACGAGCAGAAGCCGCUCAGCCUGGCAUAUAUGGCUCCAUGGCUGCCCGGCUUACGCACUGGGGUUUUGGCAAACGAAUCCGAUGCCGAGAAGGGAAAGGAGAAGAUUGCAGCAUUAUUUCGCAAACUCAUAGAUGUGGCCAUGUCAGAUCACGGGCUUACGUAUACGCUUGAGCAAGCUGUCUGGCCCGCCAUCUACCAGGAUGAAACAAUACUCGACAUUUUCCUUGAGGAGCUCAUGAGAGCAGCUCUAAGCUUUGGAUUCUCUGAGGAGCCUAUGGAAGCUCUGUCAUCAAUCGUCUCCGGUAUGGGAAGCAUCACCCUGCGUGACGAAACUCGGUUCAACAAGCUCAGAGGUAGUUUAGACUUCCUCAGUGAGCCCAGGAGCGAGAUAUUCUCAACACCUCCCCCAUUCCUACGCGAUGGAGCCUCCAUGUCGACUACACAGGAUGCUGGGCCUUCGCUGGCCGCCACUGAGAACCUAGCGGCAGUCUUGUUUGAGGUCUGCUCGGUAGCAGCGCCAUCUAUCGACAUCUCCAAUGCCUGGAGGUCACGCUGGAUGAGUCUGGUGGCCAGCACCGCAUUCCAAAACAACCCAGCUAUUCAACCCCGCGCUUUUGCCGUCAUGGGCUGUUUGGCACGAGAGGAGGUGGAUGACGACUUGCUCUACCAAGUGCUUGUCGCUCUACGUAAUAGCGUCGGCCGCUUAGGAGACGACACGAACAGCGACAUGCUUAUUUCCAUUGUAACUUCUCUGUCGAAGAUGAUGGCAAAGCUCCCGUCGGCAUCUCGUUAUGGUCUGCAGCUCUUCUGGCUGGCCAUCUCCCUUCUAAGACUUGUACCUCCGGCCUUAUUCAAUUGUACAGCGCAAUUCCUGGAGGCCGUUAUGACUAACAUCAGCACUGUUGGUGAUCUCAGAGGCGACAAGAUGGGUCCUCUCCUUCUACAGGGCCGUGUUCAGCUCGAAGAGGCUGCUCUGCCUCUAGAUGACGCAUACGGCAUCCACUUCACGCCUGAGAACUUCCAUUUCGCAGUCUGCGCUUGUCUCGCUCGUGGUCUUGCGGACACUACCACGAAGACGAAUGCCAUGCGAGUACUCUCGGCUUUCCUAGACAUGGCCGGCAAUCCUGCCAGUGACGCUGGGAGCCCGUCUGAUGACUUAUCUCGGUCGCCUUACAUGGCUCUCAUCCUCGCACGAACGGUCGAGAGCGAUGAGCUCAGGGACAGUCUAUGGCUUGCGGGUAUUGAUCCUUCCCUUUUACGAGAUAUCACUGGCCAGCAGAGAUACGAUGAUCUCGGCGGCAUGAAGGAUAAAGAUCUCCUCCUGAAUACGGCCAUCGAGUUGAUUGACUUUCAGUACUUGGAGGAUGCACUGCAGAACCGGACAUUGCAGUGGCUGACGGAACUAGCAGCAGCCAGGCCGUCUGUGAUCAUGCACCUGUAA